CCAAAUGACGGCUACAGCGCGGUUGUCCAGUUCUGGGAGGGUCAGAUUGGCACUGAUCAUCAGAUGAUCAGUGCCCAGCAGUGCCACCCACCAGUGCCCAACAGUGCCUCCCGCCAGUGCCCCUCAGUGCCACCCAUCAGUGCUCUUCAGUGCCCUGAUGAUCAGUGUAGCCCCAUCAGUGCCAUCUGUCAGUGUCCACCAAUGCCACCUGUCAUUGCCCAUCAAUGCCACCUGUCAGUGCCCAUCAGUGCACAUCAAUGCCACAUAUCAGCGCCUACCAGUGCAUAAUCAAUGCCACAUAUCAGUGCCCAUCUGUGUUGCCUUUUAGUGCGAACUAUCAGUGCCUAUCAGUGCCAGUCAGUGCUACCCAUCAGUGCCAGUCAGUGCUGCCUAUAAGUGCUGCCAAUCAGUGCCACAUAGUGCCAGUCAGUGCCACUUAUCAGUGUCCAUCCUGCCACCUGUCAGUGCCACCUAACAGUUCCAGUCAGUGCCACCUAUCAGUGCCAGUCAGUGCUGCCUAUCAGUGCCAUAUAUGAGUACUGCCUUUCAGUGCCCAUCAGUGAUGUCUGUGAAUGCCCACCAGUGAUG